CUCAGCCAGCACACAUCCCCGUGCUCACACAUACACCUUCUCUCCACCACCGACACCGCACGCUCGCUUGCUCGCUCGCUCACUUCAUCGUCCUCGCCCGUUUCUCUCCAACCUCGUCGUCGCCUCUACCGAGUUUGCCAUCAUGCCUAACUGUCCCAAGUGCAACAAGCCGGUGUAUUUUGCCGAGCGCAAGACCUCCCUGGGCAAGGACUGGCACUCGGGCUGUCUACGCUGCGAGAAGUGCAACAAGACCCUCACUCCCGGCGGUCACUCAGAGCACGAAGGCAAGCCCUACUGCAACAACCCCUGCUACAGCGCCCUCUUUGGACCAGGCGGUUACGGCCGUGGUGGCGCCGAAAGCUUCAAGUACUAGGAAAUGAAGGCGACGAGCGGUUGGUGGCUGAGGGGCGUGACUUGAUCAGAAGACGGUGGACAAGGAAGAAGUAUUCCGAUUGUCAUCACCACCACCAUCGCUAUAACACCGUAUGAGUUGUGUAUAACGUUUCAUCUUUCGUAUUCUAUCAAGUACACUAAUGUUAACGUUUUGAUAAAGUAUUUAACGUUUUUCAUUUGAAAUUUUAGUUGUGUAUUGUAUUGUUUUCCCGAAGGUCUGGUGUUUGUAGGUGAGCAUCUUACUAUGUUGUGAUGGAGACUUUUAGUGUUGUAGAGUAACUUAUGGUCAUGGCUGAUCCUUAAAUAAUAUGCCCCCAUCAAGUGUAGGACAUUUCUCUUUCAUGAUCCUUUCCUUCCCCAAACAGACCGUAGCCUCCCGGACUGAUCCCCUCUUAGAUAUUUUCCCUUCUGGACAGCGCCCCCCCCCCCAUCCAGAUAAAUCCUUGGCCUCCUUAACUUAACUAUUAUCUUCCUAACUAAAACGAUUAUGAGCUAUGGUUUCAGUCAGUGUUUUGCCAUCUUAAUACAGUGCUAUGAAACAAUCUAGGGGGAGAUGAUAUCCAGAGGGAAAUAUGUUAAUGGGUGAAUUUGUCAGUGACAAAAAUCUCUAAGAGAAAAGUUGCAUGAGGGAAUAAUUAUUACUGUACCACGUCCCAAUCACCAUCCUUUGCUCCUUUGCUGAACAUCUCACUCUCUGACCUCAUCCCUUGAAUUUAUUUAUAUUUGCACCUUUAUACAGCAAUUCUUUUAAACAAACCUAAGUAGUCCUCCUUGACUAAAAAAAAAAUAUCCAUUUUAAAAGUAUAUGAUAAAAAGAAAAUGGAGCUUCCGUAAGAUACGCUUAAAUCAUUACAAACAUACUCGUCAUGCUGCGGCAGAUUGAGGGAUUUGGAGUGAGGGCAAGCACUAGGCACAGGGGAGGUGAGGGUGGCAGGCUACUCGACUAUUGCCCGUGACUGUGCUUCCGUAGUAUGCUGGCUUAAGAGUACUGUCUUGAGUUGUAGUGUAAUGUUCACAGUAUGAGGAUGUAAUUAAGUAGGCAAUAUAUCCUGUAGCCUCAGAAUGUAUCAUAAAGUAACGGUAUAUCAUAUGACGUAAGGUUGCAUCACUAAUGUUAUGAUAUGGCGUGAACUUCUUGUCUUAUUUCGCAGUAGUGUGUUGAUACCUAACUAACUUACCAUGCAGGGCUACGUCACCGUGCAUUAACGUUUAACUAACACUGUACUGUAGAAUAACAUCGACGCAAUGUUGUUUGCUGUGUACCCUUACGUGACAAUGAAAGGAGACGUCGUGCCUUAAAAAAAAAAAAAAAAAAAAAAGCCUUUCAAAAACGCCUUGCAAACGUUACAUGACCUCGCAGGAUUACCACACCUUGCCAACGUUGUGUUGUACGGCAAAACGUUCUCCCUUCGCCAAACGUUAAGGUAUGGAGUGUUAGUUUGCAAUAUACAUACUGCGUGCAUA